AUGAGGCAGCGCAGGGACAGGAGAUUUGGGGAAACCGUGUGGGACAUCGCAUGGUUCUGCUGUUUCCUCCUGCUCGUGAUCAGCAUUGCCAACGAAUACCACAACACCACAGAGGGUUUCCAUCAGACACUGAGCACAACCAACACCUUCCUGCAGUCUGUGGACGACGUAAAUGACCAUCUCACCUUCUGGUCCUGGCUGAACGAGACCGCUCUGCACAGCUUCUACCCGGAGACGUCCUACAAUGGCGACAAGCCCCGCUGGUUUGAGAGGGGCUUCACAGCAGACAUGCAGACAGUCCUGGUCUACCCACCUAGCCUGAUCCAAGGCCGAGUAAAGCCAGAACUGUGCGCGGUGCCUGUGACAAUGCAGCACUCGUUGGGCGAAUGUUCACCAGGGUAUGGUGAACAUGCCAAGGAGACUGGAGCGUUUGAAGAGGGAUGGAAGAGGGUCAGGAACACGUCAGCGAUGGAAUCAGCAGCCCCUGGAUGGAUCCACCUCCCCAGUGGCUACCCCAGCCUCCCCAUCUACGGUGUGACGACGCACUACUGGGGAGACGGCUUCGGUCUGCACCUGGGAAAAUCAGCAGACGAGAUGCGAGGCAUCCUAGCAGACCUGAAGGCAAACCGUUGGAUCGACAAGCGCACGAGGGUCAUAAUCUUGGAAGCGAUGCUCUACAAUGGAAACGUGGAUCUGUUCACAUCGCUGACGGUGGUGUUCGAAUUCUCCGAGACGGCCGGAGUUUUCUCCCGUCACCACGUGCAGACCUUCCGACUUCAUCAACGGCCGGGGACAAUCGGGUACGUCUACGUCCUGAUGGAAAUCAUUUACGUCAUCAUUCUCCUCUACUCACUGUGGAAAGAGGCAAAAAAGGCACGCGCAGCCGGCUUGGCCUACCUGAAGGGGGCAUGGAAUAUUGUCGAAAUCUUCAACUUUUUCUUGGCAUUCACUGUCAUUGCCUUAUAUGGCUUUAAGACAUCCCACAGCUCCAGGGCUCUGGCGGCGAUCAAGGAAGGGAAAGGUUUGUAA